CAGACUGGAAUGUUAGUAAAUGGCCAAGAUAAGACAAAUAGUCAUCAGACUGGAUUGUUAGUAUAUGGCCAAGAUAAAACAAAUAGUCAUCAGACUGGAUUGUUAGUAAAUGGCCAAGAUAAGACAAAUAGUCAUCAGACUGGAUUGUUAGUAAAUGGCCAAGAUAAGACAAAUAGUCAUCAGACUGGAUUGUUAGUAAAUGGCCAAGAUAAGACAAAUAGUCAUCAGACUGGAUUGUUAGUAAAUGGCCAAGAUAAGACAAAUAGUCAUCAGACUGGAUUGUUAGUAAAUGGCCAAGAUAAGACAAAUAGUCAUCAGACUGGAUUGUUAGUAAAUGGCCAAGAUAAGACAAAUAGUCAUCAGACU